AAAAAGUCAUACAUUUUUUUCACACAUAUAUUGCUAUUGUAUUAAACACUGUAUAAUAUUCAUCAUUGCAUUGAUUGCAUCAGUCAUUGAAUGUAUUGAAAUAAAAAGCAUUGCAUUAUAGCAUCAAUCACUUGAACCAACACAUCCUCGACAACAAAGGUAUUCAAAGAAGUUUUUUUUUUGGAGGACAUUGUCAUCACAUUUAUAUAUAUAAGACCUAACACUGUGUUGUGUCCACCGAUUUGUGUCAUAUAUAUUGUCAAAGCGAUGUCACGAUUAGCCAACCGUUAUCUCUUGAAUGCCGGCAUCAGGUGUUGGUCACAGAGAUCGUCGGCGUCGACACUGAUUCCCGUCCGCAGUAUAUCACGUGUUGUUGCGACGGCCACUGGUAGUGGUGGUCAACAGCAUCAACCAAUGUUGGCGUCAAACACCACUACAUCGGUAACGGCCAAACGUUUUGCCGCCAAUAAUUCGCCGCAAAUCGAUGACGAGUUUGUCGGCUAUUUAAAAUCGGAGAUCGAAUUGGAGAAGAAGGCCAAUCAUCAGCAAAAGUUACCGUCGAUUAAGGGCUGGUCAGUCCAGACGGACGGCUCCAAUGUUAUACUGACCAAGAAAAACGGUACGGAAGAGAUUACUGUCCGGGCAAACGUUAAUCACGCGGUCGAGUCCAAAGAGGUAGACGACACGGCCACCGCCGCCGGCGGACAGGCAGAUGAAGAACAAAUGGCCAGUCAGAUGGUGUGUCGGCCCGAUUUUGCCGUUGAGAUCAAACGCGGCGGUCUGUCGUUGGGUAUUAACUGUUCGUUUGUCGAAUUUGACGACGAUUUAGAUGAUGGACAGGGAGGACAACCACCGGCUGCGGGACAACAGGGAAAUGAAUCACUGGAAGACCAGUUUCAGAUCAACGAGUUUUCACUUUUUGAAGGAGAGUUUAAUGAGAACUCGUAUCUGGUUUCCGGCGAUGUAAUGGACGGAUCGAUGUACGACCUGAUGAUGGAUCUGCUUCACGAACGCGGUAUUGACCACGACUUUGCCCGCAGUCUCAUCGACUACACCACUGUCUACGAUCAUCAACAGUAUGUGGGUUUGCUUGAAAAGUUGCAGACGUUUUUGUCGAAGAAAUAAAUAAUAAUUUUGUGGAUCAAUCAAUCAGAUCCUUAUGUUUCCAAUUAAAAACAAAAAACGAUUAUAUUUUACUGUAAAACUUGAUAUAAUUAUUGUGUCUUUAUUUUUCAUUUUACCGGUAGAUAUGAUAAUUAGUUUUUAAGAUAAUCUAUAAGAUAUCUAUAUAUUGUAUUAAUUAAUUAAACAAAUUAU